GUAAUAAAACUUGGAGCCAUUGAUAAUGCUCGAGUGGUGGUGUACACAGUGCCUCAUUUCAAGUUUACAGAUCAGUAUGACAGUUUGGCUCGGCUGCAGCAGCUGGUGCCAGAGAUGGACUGGGAGAUGGGUCUCCAGGUUUGGCGCCAGUUCUCUGAGUUCCCUCACCCUGUGGCGUCUGCUCCUGAGGUCAUACCAUCUUUGGAGGAUCUGAUAGAUGUUGUGAUUUCCAGACAACCACCAGCCAAAGAUAAAUCAGAGAAGAAAAGUCGGAAAGGAGGCAGGGGGAAGAAAAAAGAAAAGAAAUGGGGGAAAGGCAAGGAUAAAGAUGGAGGGAAAAAAGUGGAAGGUGGGGAUGAGAAGGAAGAGGUGAGUGCACAGGAAGGGACUGGGAAAGGUGGGGGUGGAGAUGAUGCAAAGGACAAAGACAGCCUUAGUGCUGUUGAGAACGUUGUGAAUGAUAUUGUUGAGAGUGCGGUGAAUGAGAAGCUUGAUGUCCAUAACAGUUGUACUGAAGGGAACACUGAAGGGAACACCACUUCUGACUCAGGAGAUGGGGCCAAAGGUGAUGCAAGUUGCGAUAUUGCAGAAGGGAACAAGGAAAAUGCUGGUGAGUCAGCUGGGGCCGACAAGUCUUUCUCAAUCCCUAGCCCGAAGACGGUGGUUAUUAAGAAAGCUGAUCCAAGUAGAGUGGAGCCAGAGAUAGAGAUAAAAGUCCUGGAUCCCGGUCUCAGUGUCAACGCUUUCCCGACCGAUGUAGAUGAUCAAGACCAGAGAGAUGUGGAGCCAAUGGACAUCGAUCAAUCUAUGAACCGUUCAGUUCUGAACACAAGUCAAGCCUCUUCAGAUCAGGAUAAGGAAUCAAAAAAGGUCACUGAUGAUGAGAAGAAAGGUGUCAGUCUAUCCAUUGCUACAGAUGCAAAGUCUGAUGAACAUGUUCUGGAGAAAGAUAAAGAUUCGCCUAUUGCCGCUGCAUGUUCUGCAGCUGUAGAUGCAGCCUGCGAGUUUGCUUCUAGUGUCAUUGAGAAGUUGAGCUCACCCACCCACUCCCCUCACAGAGACAACAACCUUACGCCUUUGUCUACCUCACCCUUCCAAAAUCGUUGUUCAACGCCUCCCUCCACUCCUGUUAGGAAUGUUGAUUGCCUGGUCUUCUCUCCACACAGUAAGACAGGUGGUUCUGAUGAGCUUCAGGGGACAGAAACAGAGAGCAAAACGGCAGACCAGUCAGCCUUCACAGGAGAAAGCAGUGUGGAUCCUGUAGCAGAAGCAGGGAGUAAUGAGAGCAAGGUUUUGCCUGUGUCGUUAUCUUUAACAUCUCUUCCACAACCUUCCGCUGUCCUAAGUAACACUGAGACCGAGUCUGGCUCCGGAGAGGCUUCUUCUGACGCCUCCAAACAACAAGAAUCUCAAGAGACUUCCUCUUCCUCUCCCGUCAAGAAAGAGAGGGAUCCGACAAAGCCAUCAUUUCGUGUGACCUGUAACCGAGUCGGGGAAGGCCAUCCAUUUGACUCGUCCUCAGCGGCUGCUAGUCUGGGCAGUUCAGUCAUCACUUACUUCAGUUGGCCUGUAGAUCUCAAGAACUUUGAUAUGGAG